CAAGUUUCAGUUCUGUUUGAAAUUUGCAGAACUCUCGCAAGACACACACGCUGUCUAUGUAUAAUGGCUCUUACUGCAAAAAUUCAUAAUAUUUGUUCGAAAUAUCAAUUAAAACAACUGCAAGGAUUGGCAGGAUGCUUUCAAUAUUCAACAGCGGUGUCAGCAACAAAUCUCAAGGAGGUAAUUGCUCAAAAAAUUUCAACUCAUAACGAGAAAGUUCGAGAAUUUCGGAAACAACAUGGUGCAACGGUAAUUCAGAAUGUAACUGUGGAUAUGCUUUAUGGUGGAAUGCGGACUUUAAAGGCACUAGUGACUGAGACAUCCGUGCUAGAUCCGGAGGAAGGUAUACGCUUUCGUGGUUAUUCUAUACCAGAGUGCCAAAAAAUCUUGCCUAAGGCAAAAGGAGGUGAGGAACCAUUACCGGAGGGGAUUUGGUGGCUGUUGUGCACUGGUGAUAUCCCAACUGAGGCACAAACUACAGCAAUCAGUAAGGAAUGGGCUGCACAUGCGGAUCUACCGAAGCAUGUAGAACAAAUGAUCUGCAAUUUCCCGAACAAUUUACAUCCUAUGGCGCAGUUUAUUUCCGCUAUUGCCGCUCUUAACUGUGAAAGUAAAUUUGCCAAAGCCUACAGUGAUGGAGUACAAAAAGCGAAAUAUUGGGAGUUUGUAUAUGAUGAUGCUAUGAAACUUCUUGCGAAAUUACCCACAAUUGCUGCACUUAUUUAUCGAAAUUUGUACAGAGAUGGUACAUUGGCAAGUGUAGUUAACUUAUCGAAUGAUUGGUCUGCUAAUUUUACAUCAAUGCUUGGUUUCAAGGAUCCAAACUUCACCGAACUUAUGCGCCUAUAUCUCACAAUCCAUAGCGAUCACGAAGGCGGUAAUGUUUCUGCGCAUACGUCGCAUCUAGUCGGUUCUGCUUUAUCAGAUCCAUAUUUAUCGUUCUCCGCUGCUAUGGCUGGGCUUGCUGGGCCGCUACAUGGCCUGGCUAAUCAGGAGGUAUUGGUGUUCUUAUCAAAGUGCAGGAAAGAACUAGGCGAUAAUUACACUGAUCAGCAAUUGUGCGACUGGAUAUGGAAUCAUUUGAAGAGUGGGCAGGUAGUACCGGGUUAUGGUCAUGCUGUACUGCGUAAAACAGACCCACGAUACACCUGUCAGCGAGAAUUUGCCUUGAAACAUCUUCCGAAGGAUUCAAUGUUCCAUCUUGUUUCAAAGCUCUACGAAUUUACGCCUGACAUCCUUUUGAAGCAGGGAAAGGCCAAAAAUCCAUGGCCCAAUGUGGAUGCACAUUCUGGAGUAUUGCUGCAAUAUUAUGGCAUGAAAGAGAUGUCCUUCUAUACGGUACUUUUUGGUGUAUCACGUGCACUUGGCUGCUUAUCGCAGAUGAUAUGGUCUCGCGCUAUGGGCCUGCCACUCGAACGUCCCAAAUCUCAUUCGACGGACGGUUUGAUGAAGUUGGUUGAGAAAAAAUGAAGGAAAAAAAUAUAUAAGCUGUUGCAUAUUUUCUUAAAUGUUCCACGAAAAUUUCUGUAUUCCUGCCCAAUAUUAAUGCUAAUACGCAUAACAGUUGCCAUUGAUAAUGAUCGCUUUUAUUGAUUUCUUGUUUUG